AUGAGUCUACCGCCCUCCGACCUGGAUCGACAACUUCGUCAGGCUCUUUGCGACCAUCCGCGUCGAUACGGCUAUCGAUAUUCCGACACUGCGAGAAAUAGCCUGCUAGAGGGUCUCUUCCGUUCUCUGACAAAUGAUCGGUCCGACUACCUGCACGAACUGUUCCCUAACGGCUUUCCUCCGUCGUACAAAUUACAAGAUGCUCAAGGAGUGCAAGAGAAUGUCGAGUAUACCGACGCAGCCAGAGGACACCCUUGUGGCCAUAUUUUCAAGGCUGGUGAGGCCAGCUAUCACUGCAGCACAUGUACGGAUGACAGCACGGCCGUCCUCUGCGCCAGAUGUUUCGUGUCCAGUGACCAUGAAGGUCACCAGUACAUAAUUCAGAUGAGUCCUGGUAACACGGGAUGCUGCGACUGCGGCGAUGACGAAGCUUGGAAAACCCCCAUCCAAUGUGCUAUUCAUACAGCAAGAGACGACUGGGCGACUACGGAUGAAGUUGUUUCUCCUCUGCCGCAAGACCUGCAAGAGUCGAUCCGCGUGACGGUGAGCAGGGCGCUCGACUACUUCUGCGAUGUUAUAUCAUGUUCACCGGAAAAUCUCCGCAUGCCUAAGACGACGGAGACAGUGACGCAAGACGAGGCCCGGAGUAGGCUGCUAUCUGAGCAUUAUGUUAGUGGCGACGAGGUCGAAGCCAACCCAGAGUUCUGUCUUAUUAUUUGGAACGAUGAAAAGCACACGGUCCGAGAGGUACAAUCUCAAGUCGCAAGGGCAUGCCGACAGCGUGAGUCGUGGGGCCUCGCAAAGGCAGAGGAGACCAACGACAUUGGGCGAAGCGUUAUCAGAUUCUCUCGCAACUUGAGUGAGCUGACCAGGAUGGCAAAGAUCAUCGAAGAAAUCAAGGUCACUGUCACAAUCAGGUCGGCCAGAGAUACUUUUCGAGAACAGAUGUGUGGUACCAUAAUUGACUGGUUGGCUGAUAUUGCAGGCUGCAGCGUUGCUGGAGACAGUCACGUUUUACGUCGUAUCAUAUGUGAAGAGAUGCUUCAGAUCUGGCGUGUCGGCAGCGAAGCUUGGAAUGCCAAGGUUGGAAAGGAGGACCUGGAUGACCACGGCGAAGAAGACGAUCGUGAGUUUCGACGUCGAGCGCGAGUUAUUCCCUUCGACCCUAUCCAGUUUGCCAUGCAGAGAAUUGUAGCAGAAGGAGACGACAUGCUGACGGACGAAGACAACGAGCCGAUGGACCCCGAUGAGGAUGAGGAUGAGGAUGACGACGAGGAUGACGAAUUAGGUGAUGUCGAGGUUGGUCUAGAAUCGAACGACCUUAUACUAAGGACAAUAGCGUUCGAAGAUACAGAAGACGCCAACUCUAUCGUCGAACAUUCUGGCGAUGCUGAGGCCACCGAUGAUGCUGACGAGAUGGACACCGACGGUGACGGCGAUGGUGAUUUCCUCGACGUUGCUGAAAGGAUGGACACCGAUCCAACAUCGCCGGCUCCAGCAACGGUCCCUGGCCAGAACACAAUCAACCCAGAAGAUGGUAUCCGUGUAGGGGGAGCAGACACUCCGGCCGCCGCGGAUACCAAUGCAAACUAUCUCAAUGUUCCUAGAACACCGGCUGCUUCAUCGCGUCCGUCGUCCUCUCAAUCUCCUCCCCCGGAUCACUGGAAAUUGUCAAAACCUGGACAGUCAGCAUCAGGUACCAGUCUUCCCGUCUACGAGGACUUGACCAAAAACAUCCGGGUGGAUUCGAUGAUACUGUUCGACUUGCGUCUGUGGAAGCUCGCAAGGUCUAACAUGAGAGACUUGUUCAUCAGUACAUUGGUCAACAUACCCCAAUUCAAGCGCAUACUGGGUUUGCGAUUCUCUGGGUUGUACACCACACUUGCGCAGCUUUAUCUUGUUGCAGAUCGUGAGCCAGAUCACUCGAUCAUUAAUUUAUCGCUGCAGUUGCUGACAACGCCUUCAAUCACUGAAGAAGUGAUUGACAAAGGCAAUUUCUUGACUAAUCUCAUGGCAAUUCUCUACACCUUUUUGACGACAAGGCAGGUCGGGUUCCCCAAAGACCUAGAUCCUGGUGCAACCCUGGGAUUCGAUGCCGGAUCGGUGGCGAACCGCCGGUUAUAUCAUUUCUUUUCCGACUUGAGGUAUUUUCUGGCUUCGCCUUUCGUCCAAGCCAAGGCUCGGAGUGAGCGUGAAUACCUCUGUCAGUUCCUUGAUUUGGCGAAGCUCUCACAAGGGAUAUGCCCCAAUGUUCGUGCCGUUGGGGAACAUGUAGAAUAUGAAACCGAUGCAUGGAUCAGUGCGUCACUGCUAACUCGAGAUAUCAACAAAUUAUGUCGCCAGUUUGCCGAGGCUUACUACGUGGCGAAGGACAGCAAUCCCGCGGCGGUUCGAGCCACUUGCGAUGCAAUUAAACACGCAGCAGGUAUUGCGAUUAUCAACUCAGUUGGUCUCGAACGAAGGAGGUUUGACCAAGCUGAGAUUAAAGAUCCUGUAAAGUUUCACAAUGUUGGGCCUUUCGGAGAUUCUACGAUCUUCAGCGUUGUUGACUUCGUUGUUGAAAGAGGCUCACUCAGCUUCCAUCAUCCUCUCCACUACACUCUAUCGUGGCUCUUGGAAUGUGGAAAAUACACCAAGAACUCAAUCGAAGCUCUUCGUGAAGCUGCACAAGCGUUUCUUUCUCAUCUUCACGACACGCUCGGCGCCAGGGACCAUGCUAUUAAGCAAGCUCUAGUCACCGUCGACGACGCCUUGCUCACCAUGUUUGACUAUCCCCUUCGUGUUUGCGCGUGGCUUGCGCAAAUGAGGGCAAAUUUAUGGGUCCGGAACGGCAUGAGUUUGCGACACCAGAUGAUGCAGUACAAGAGUGUUGCACACCGCGAUGUUGGCCACCAUCGAGACCUCUUCUUACUUCAGUCGGCACUAGUGACAUGUGAUCCAAGUCGAGUACUUGCGUCCAUGGUCGACCGCUUUGGCCUGGCUGACUGGAUGAAGUAUGGGUUCGUUUCUUCAGAGAUUUGUGAUGACGGCCAAAUGUUGGAUUUGGCGGAAGAUUUCACCUAUCUACUGAUCAACCUGCUCUCGGACCGAGAUGCAUUGAUCGCAGACCGAAGCAAUCUUGAGUCUCAACUCUUGGCGGUUCGAAAGGACAUUGCACAUACUCUUUGUUUCAAGCCUCUGUCUUACUCAGAUCUAUGUGCUCGCCUAACGGAGCGCGCUCAAGAUCAUGAAAAGCUACAGGAUGUGCUUAAGCAAAUGACUCGGUAUCGUCCGCCAGAAGGUCUUCAUGAUUCUGGCUUGUUUGAAUUGAAGGAGGAGUAUCUGAUGGAGCUCGAUCCGUACAACUCACAUUUCUCAAAAAAUCAGAGAGAUGAAGCGGAAAACAUCUACAAGAAGUGGAUGGCAAAGAAGCUGAAGAAAUCUCCAGAUGAUGUCGUUUUGGAACCGAAAUUGCACCCCAUUCCUGGUGAGGCCUACACCAAUCUCUGUGGAGUUGUACAUACAGCGAUCUUCGCCGACGUUAUGCACAAAACCCUACUUUAUGUCUCACAAGGACAUAAGGGCAAGACCGGAGUUACAGCCACUCGAGUCGAGGCAUUCCUUCAGAUUGUGCUACAACUAGCAUUAAUUGCGACGCUGGAGGAUAAAAUAUCAGAACAAGGCAACGCAUCAUCCUUCAUUGGCAAUGCGAUCGACAUGCACCUACCUUCUCAUGACGAACCCCACUCCACGAUCCUUGACCAACUGCACAAAAUUUGGUUGAUGGACGAAUUUACGUCGUGUAGAAGCAAGAUCCGAUACAUCCUGAGGCUCUUCAAUCAAAAACGCCCGCAGCAGUUCAUGCGGGCUACUGAGCAUCUUGAAUUCCCCUCUGGCAGAUUUGAUACUUCUUCUCCUGCCAAUGCUGAAAACGAGGUUGAAGCAAAGAAGCGACAGGCUAUGGAACGCAAAGCGAGAGUCAUGGCUCAAUUCCAGCAGCAACAACAAAACUUCAUGGACAAACAAGGUGUGAUUGACUGGGGAGACGACGACCUAGAUUCACCUGACGAAGAACUACCAAAAUCGACGGAAACACGCCACUGGAAGUAUCCUUCUGGACUAUGCAUACAAUGUCGUGAGGAAUCAACGGACUCGCGGAUGUAUGGCACAUUUGCCAUGGUCACCGAUGCGCAUAUUCUUCGACAAACUGAUGUGGGCGAUGAGGAUUUUGUGGGAGAAUUGUUCGCCAUUCCUGACCAUCUGGAUCGGUCGAUUGAACACAUUCGCCCUUUUGGCGUUGCAGGGUCAAAUCAUGAACAACUACGACGCCUCAAUGCAGAGGGUCAGGAGAUCACAGUUGACUUCCAAGGUCUUGGGAAAGGCUGGCCCAAGCAUCAUACGAUGAAGGGCCCGGUAUCCACCAGCUGUGGCCACAUCAUGCAUUUUGCUUGUUUCGAGAACUAUUACCAGUCCGUCACCAGAAGGCACUCCCAGCAAGUUGCACGGAACCAUCCCGAAAGAAUAGCGCUCAAAGAGUUCGUUUGUCCGUUGUGCAAGGCCCUUGCCAAUACUUUUUUGCCCAUCGUAUGGAAACAUACCGAACAGUCAUACCCUGGGGCUCUGGGUGUGUCUCAAGAUUUCGAUCACUUCAUGGACAAUGAUAUCUCCAAGUUCACACCUGCCUCGGUUCCGAUGGAUAACAACGCUUUUGAUAAUCUUGCCUCGAAAAUGUAUUCGGAGACACUGGAUACCUUUUCCAACAGCUCAUUGACGCCGGCAAUUACUAUGUGGCAAGCUGGAGAUCUGACCAUCAGUCCCACCAGCCAAGCUUGGGCAGAGAAACCUGAGUUGGCUCCCUUUGCAGAGCUUUCUGGUAUAUAUGGACGACUUAGAGAUUCGCUCACUAUCACCGCCAGAACCAGUUAUGUCGUUCCUCCGGAUAGCACCUCGCCUGUGAAUCAUUUCCAUGUGCUGAUAGAUACCCUUGCAAACACUAUUGCGUCUGUGGAGAUUGGCCACCGAGGACGCGAAGCUGAGUUCGGCACUCCUCUGUUGACAUGCAUUCCUCAACAAACACUGAGCCACGUGCAAACGCUCUGUUCUACCUUACGAGCUUACACUGUCACAGGAGCAUUGACCGUCCGUGGUUCGACCGAGUCACAAUUUCGAGGACUCUGUGAUCAUCUUGAGCGUCAGCUCGCCGGUACUGUUACUGGACACGAACCGCAGAAUGGAAAUCCAGACCUAGCCCUGCCUCUUCUUCGCACGGAUGCUUUCCAAUUCCUAGUACAGUCUACCAUGGUAUUGUGCCCACUGCGACGACUUGAGGUUCGCCAUUUCUUACAGCUCUCCCUCACUCUCGAAGUCCUACGGGUCGCAUUGGCGUUCAUGCUGGAUCCCCAAGGGUUUAUCCGAGCAAGCGAGAAAUUGGUACAAAAUCAAAUUCGGCAUGCUGUUCCGUUGCAAGCAGAUACUGAGGAAGUCCAAAGUGUGAAAAGCCUUCUGGCGUGGAUGUUGUCUAUGCUCGAGCCUGAAGCGGCCCGUGUUGCGGGCGUUGGACAGCUGCGAAAUCUUUUCUUGUCCAUGACCGCGAACGAGUAUCGGGCAAUGUACAGACUUUUCCAAGUUUAUGCUCUUGCCUUUAUGCGAAAGUCGGCCAUCUUUUUCCAUACUGGGCAUGGUAUUGACUUUCCCACAACCGUGGGCUCGGAAGCGAAUUUGCCCGAGCUUGAACGGUUGCUCCACUUCUUCCAGUUGCCAAAGCUUCAAGAGAUCCUGAUGUCUUUCGACCAGUUCUCCGUUCAUGGAACUCUGAAAGACCGAGCACAGUCAUGGUUGUCCGAUUGUUAUCGGUACGCAGUAGACAUUGGACCAGCGUGGCCUCAGUCUGUAUCCCUCGGCAUCAAACCCCUUCAUCCGGCGCCUUUCGAACUGAUUGGACUUCCAAAAUACUUUGAUACGUUGAUGGAAGAGUCCUAUCGGCGGAAGUGUCCGACGACGGGCAAAGAGGUAUCAGACCCUGCUUUGUGCCUUUUCUGCGGUGAGAUCUUUUGCUCGCAGACGGUGUGUUGUCUCACACCCGAGCUGCGUGGUGGAUGCAAUGCUCACCUAGACAAAUGUUCCAGCCCUGUGGGGAUGUUUCUUUUCAUUCGAAAAUGUAACAUUGCACUCCUACAUGUGGUCAGCGACCCGAGGACGCUGGAUCUUGAGCGCCAAAGAAAUGGCCGAGGCACGCAUCCAUUACUCCAUGGAUCUUUGACACUAAGCCACGGCUCUUUCUUCCCUGCGCCAUACUUGACGAAACACGGAGAGACGGACCCUGGGCUGAGAUCAAAGCACCAAUUGAUCCUCAGCCAGAAGCGAUACGACAAACUCUUGAGGGAUGCAUGGUUGAUGACCAAUGGUAGUAUUUGGAGCUCGAUUGCUAGAAAGUUGGAGAGUGAAGUGAAUGCAGGAGGGUGGGAGACUCUUUGA